CCGGGGGAGCCGGGGGCGGGACUUCAGCGGAGGCCGGAGCGAGGCGUCGGGAUGCAGCGCCCCGGGCCCUUCAGCACCCUCUACGGGCGGGUCUUGGCCCCGCUGCCCGGGAGGGCCGGGGGCGCGGCCUCCGGCGGAGGAGGGAACAGCUGGGACCUCCCGGGUUCCCACGUGCGGCUGCCGGGGCGUGCACAGUCUGGGACCCGUGGCGGUGCUGGCAACACAAGCACCAGCUGCGGGGACUCCAGCAGCAUCUGCCCGGCCCCCUCCACGAUGUCCAAGGCCGAGGAGGCCAAGAAGCUGGCGGGCCGCGCGGCUGUGGAGAACCACGUGAGGAAUAACCAAGUGCUGGGAAUUGGAAGUGGUUCUACAAUUGUCCAUGCUGUGCAGCGAAUAGCUGAAAGGGUGAAGCAAGAGAAUCUGAACCUCGUCUGUAUUCCCACUUCCUUCCAGGCCCGCCAGCUCAUCCUGCAGUAUGGCUUGACCCUCAGUGAUCUGGAUCGACACCCAGAGAUCGACCUUGCCAUCGAUGGUGCUGAUGAAGUAGAUGCUGAUCUCAAUCUCAUCAAGGGUGGCGGAGGCUGCCUGACCCAGGAGAAGAUUGUGGCUGGCUAUGCUAGUCGCUUCAUCGUGAUCGCUGAUUUCAGGAAAGAUUCGAAGAAUCUCGGGGAUCAGUGGCACAAGGGAAUCCCCAUCGAGGUCAUCCCAAUGGCCUAUGUCCCAGUGAGCCGAGCUGUGAGCCAGAAGUUUGGGGGCGUGGUUGAACUUCGAAUGGCUGUCAACAAGGCUGGUCCUGUGGUGACAGAUAAUGGGAAUUUUAUCUUGGACUGGAAGUUUGACCGGGUACACAAAUGGAGUGAAGUGAACACAGCUAUCAAAAUGAUCCCAGGUGUGGUGGACACAGGCCUAUUCAUCAACAUGGCUGAGAGAGUCUACUUUGGGAUGCAGGAUGGCUCAGUGAACAUGAGGGAGAAGCCUUUCUGUUGACCCUGCAAGGAGCAGAGUGUGUUCACCUUGAGUCUCCAGCCCACAGCCAAGGUGGACGUACCUCUCCAGGAGCCUUUGCCUUAAUGUAUCUCUGCCUGGACAACUUGUGGUGGGGGGUGGGGGGAAGAGUGGGAGGGGGAGUUAAAUCCAGUCUUAUGAAGUAUUGUUAUUAAAUGUCUUUUUAAAAAGAGAAAUAUAAACAUAUAUUUUUACUAUUAAAAUAUUCAGUUUUUUAAAUGAAGUAGAACUUGAGUUCAUGUUUUAUAUGAAAUAUUUACCAAAAAAAAAAAAAAGAGGUGAACUGUAUUUAAAACCUUUGACUUGAGUCUGCUGGUAAAGCUUCUGAAUAUUGAGUUUGCUGAGAAAUAAAAAUCAAAACUUCUUUCAGCUGGUAAAGUGAGGGGCCCACCAGCAGUGAUCUCCUGAUGCCUUACUGGAAACUUUGUUUACUUGUCUGCUACCCUCUGAUUUGUUUUUAGUUAGUUUUUAUUGUGAGCACACAUAGUACCUAGUUACAUCUUAAGAUCAGGUUUAUAAAACUGUGGAGUGGAGCGGUAUGGUAUGGAAUGACUUGGAAUGUAAGCUGUCAGGGAGAAAAUGUGGUUACACUUUUGCUAAGAUCUGGGGGUUUCUCCAUAUUCCUGCUGUUGGAAGCAGUUGACCAGAAAUGCUUGCCAGUACUGCCAAAGCACUGCUGUGAAAUGUGAAGUACUUUGUUUUUUUAUUUUUAAUGAUUUUCUUUUUGUUAUUAAUAUUUUUCUCUGUUCCUUUGUUAUUACUUGCAUGGUUUGGCAUCAGAAGUCCUUACCUCUUUAUAUUGUUUGCAGGUUUAAAUAAAACAGUGUGGUGCCA